CGGCGGCGGCGGGGGCGACGGCCGCGGUCCCAGGGGCGGCAGCAGCGGCGGGAGGAGCCUCCGGGUGCACCCAUCAACUGUGUUUCCUGUGUUUCUUCUUGGUUCAUAGCAUCACAUCCCAGUUCUACAAGGCAGAGACCUCAUCCUCAUUCCCUUCUUCCUCUCCAUCACCACCUCACUAAUUUGGUGAGCAUUCAAAAUGGAUGAAAAGAGGCUGCUGGAUCCAGGGUUGAAAGUUCAUAAAGGCCUCUGGGAUUAUACUCUGAAGAACCAGCAGAUGGACUGCCUGAGUGACUGAAGAAAAUGGGUGCUAAUGCAUCUAACUAUCCUCAUUCAUGCUCCCCAAGGGUAGGGGGAAAUUCUCAAGCCCAGCAGACUUUUAUAGGGACAUCAUCCUACUCUCAGCAAGGCUAUGGUUGUGAAUCAAAAUUAUAUAGCCUUGAUCACGGCCAUGAGAAACCACAAGACAAAAAAAAGAGAACCUCUGGCCUUGCCACCCUCAAAAAGAAGUUUAUUAAGCGUCGGAAAUCUAAUAGGUCUGCUGAUCAUGCCAAGCAGAUGCGAGAACUCCUCUCUGGGUGGGAUGUUAGAGAUGUUAAUGCAUUAGUGGAGGAAUAUGAGGGAACUUCAGCCUUAAAGGAACUUUCUCUGCAAGCCAGUUUGGCUAGACCAGAAGCCCGGACACUGCAGAAAGAUAUGGCCGAUCUUUAUGAGUACAAAUAUUGUACCGAUGUAGACUUAAUAUUUCAAGAAACUUGUUUUCCUGUUCAUCGUGCCAUUUUGGCAGCAAGGUGUCCAUUUUUUAAAACACUGCUUUCUUCCUCACCCGAGUAUGGGGCAGAGAUAAUAAUGGACAUCAAUACAGCUGGUAUAGAUAUGCCCAUGUUUUCUGCUUUGUUACACUACCUUUAUACAGGAGAGUUUGGAAUGGAGGACUCAAGGUUUCAAAAUGUUGAUAUCCUCGUUCAGCUUAGUGAAGAAUUUGGAACACCAAAUUCCCUUGAUGUAGAUAUGCGUGGACUUUUUGAUUACAUGUGUUAUUAUGAUGUCGUCCUUAGUUUUUCUUCAGAUUCUGAACUGGUUGAAGCUUUUGGUGGAAAUCAGAACUGUUUAGAUGAAGAGCUCAAAGCUCACAAGGCUAUCAUUUCAGCACGGUCCCCAUUUUUUCGAAAUUUAUUGCAGAGGAGGAUACGGACUGGUGAAGAAAUCACAGACCGAACUUUGAGGACUCCCACAAGAAUUAUAUUAGAUGAGUCCAUUAUACCAAAAAAAUAUGCGAAAGUUAUAUUACACUGUAUGUAUACGGACAUGGUGGACCUCUCCGUUUUGCACUGUAGCCCCUCUGUUGGGAGUCUCAGUGAAGUUCAGGCUCUCGUCGCAGGGAAGCCAAACAUGACCAGGGCAGAAGAAGCCAUGGAACUUUACCACAUAGCACUAUUCUUGGAAUUUAACAUGCUUGCACAAGGCUGUGAGGAUAUCAUUGCUGAGAGCAUCUCAUUAGAUACUUUAAUUGCCAUCCUCAAGUGGAGCUCUCAUCCAUAUGGCUCUAAAUGGGUACACCGACAAGCUUUACAUUUCCUCUGUGAGGAAUUUUCCCAGGUCAUGACUUCGGAUGUUUUUUAUGAACUCAGCAAAGACCAUCUGCUUACUGCUAUCCAGUCUGACUACCUACAGGCAAGUGAACAAGAUAUCCUUAAAUAUCUGAUAAAGUGGGGUGAGCAUCAGUUGAUGAAAAGAAUAGCAGACAGAGAGCCAAACUUACUGAGUGGCACUGCUCACAGUGUGAACAAAAGAGGUGUGAAAAGACGAGACCUGGACAUCGAAGAACUUAGAGAGAUCCUUUCUUCUCUCUUAUCUUUCCUGCGAAUUGAACACAUCUUACCUGUAAACAGUGAAGUCCUAAGUGAUGCAAUGAAAAGAGGCCUGAUUAGUACUCCUCCAUCAGAUAUGCUUCCUAUGACAGAAGGUGGGAAAUCAAAUGCCUGGUUACGGCAAAAAAAUGCUGGAAUAUACGUUCGUCCUCGGCUAUUCUCUCCCUAUGUGGAAGAAGCAAAGUCAGUGCUAGAUGAGAUGAUGGUGGAACAAACAGAUCUUGUGCGUUUACGAAUGGUGAGAAUGUCCAAUGUGCCAGACACACUUUACAUGGUCAGUAAUGCCGUGCCACAGUGCUGUCACAUGGUCAGCCACCAGCAGAUCAGCAGUAACCAGUCAAGCCCUCCUUCAGUUGUUGCCAAUGAAAUUCCAGUUCCUCGACUCCUCAUUAUGAAAGACAUGGUCAGACGGCUGCAGGAACUACGACACACUGAGCAGGUGCAGAGAGCCUAUGCACUCAACUGUGGGGAAGGCGCCACAGUCAGCUAUGAAAUUCAGAUUCGCGUCCUGAGAGAGUUUGGUCUUGCUGACGCAGCUGCAGAGCUCUUGCAGAAUCCUCACAAGUUCUUUCCUGAUGAACGUUUUGGGGAUGAAAGCCCACUCUUGACAUUGAGGCAGUCUGGGAGAUGUCGAGUUAACAGCACCCCCACUGCAGAAACCAUGUUUACAGAUCUGGACUCUUUUGUGGCCUUCCAUCCACCCUUACCUCCUCCACCACCUCCAUACCACCCCCCGGCUACCCCGAUCCAUAACCAACUCAAAGCAGGCUGGAAACAAAGACCUCCCAGUCAGCACCCUUCACGUUCAUUUUCCUACCCUUGUAAUCAUUCGCUUUUUCACUCCAGAACGGCUCCUAAAGCUGGCCCCCCUCUAGUCUAUUUGCCAGGUGUGAAAGCAGCUGCGCCCGACUGCACCAAUGCCACAGGACUGGGCAGGCAGACGGUAGCUGCUGCCGCCUCCGCAGCAGCAGCAACUGAGAAACAAGUGUGUACACAACCUGUGCUAAAUGAUGUAAUGCCCGAUAUUGCCAUGGGUGUGUCCACGAUGUCACUUAAGGACAGGAGGCUUCCAGAACUUGCUGUAGACACAGAACUAAGCCAGUCAGUUUCUGAAGUAGGACUAAGGCCUCCCCAGCACCUCUCGUGUAUUCCGCAGAGGCAUACACACACAUCUCGAAAGAAACACACACUAGAGCAAACACCAGAUGCUCGAGAAAAUCAGCAGGAAUAUCCGGAUUUCUAUGACUUCUCAAAUGCCGCCUGCAGACCCUCUACUCCUGCUCCUGGCAGACGCACCCCUUCCCCUUCGCAAGGUGGAUAUUUUGGUCCCGAUUUGUAUAGCCACAAUAAGGCAUCACCAAGUGGCUUAAAGUCAGCAUACCUACCUAGCCAGACCUCUCCUAAAAAGCAAGAAGAAGCUAGGAGAGAAUAUCCACUUUCUCCUAAUGGGCAUCUACACAGGCAGAAGAAUGAGCCGAUCCACCUCGAUGUCGUGGAGCAACCUCCCCAGCGGUCAGACUUGCCUCUGGCAGCCCCAGAAAAUGCUGGCAAUGGUCCAGCCCACAUCAGGGGACGAACAGCAGUAGAAACCGACUUGACUUUUGGGCUGACUCCUAACAGACCCUCACAUUCUGCAUGUAGCUCUGAAGCUCCAGAAGAGAGAUCCAGUAGAAGACUGGCAGACAGCGAGUCUCUGGGCCGUGGAGCUCAGCGAAGUACAGAUUUGGAAAGGGAAGAUUCCAUAAGCAGAGGAAGGAGGUCACCGAGCAAGCCGGACUUCCUCUACAAAAAGUCUGCCCUCUGAGAGCAGCCUCCAAGUCGUCUGUGCCUGAGAUGUGAAACAUCCCGUAUGAUGUAGCCCAGCAACUUAGAGACCAGUUCAUUGGUGCCAGCUGAUAACUCGGUUUCACAUUAUUUUACUCUAGUUUUUGUAUAUACAUGUUUAUUAGACAUGGCAUGCUUAAGAGGGUUGUUUUGAAUGCUGCACCUGUCUAUUUUGUGUUUGAACAGUUGUGUGGGGAAGCAUUUUUAAGAGCAAGCAAGCUGGCACUUUUUUUCCUCCUUACAAAUAAUGGAAUUUUUUUGCACUUGUACAUUUAUUUUAUCUGUAUUGAUUUUAUACCAGUAUGUUAAACUUUAUUGCCACAUUUAAAGGACUGUAUUUUCAUACUUUUUUGCAUUUUAUCUUUCAUCUACCAAUUUCCACGUGCAUUGGAUUGCACACUAAGAUGUAUUUUCUUAUGAAAUAAUUCUGUUUAUUUUUUAAUUAGAGAAAUUCCAAAGAACAGCACAUCAAAAUGCUCCUCUCUCCUUUCAGUAAUUGUUUUAGUUGUUCAGUCUCCAUGAAUCUAAUGUCAUUCUUUUUUUACUACAUCUUGCGAGCUGGUCUUCAUUCCUCUAGCGGGAGUCCAAUCAGGAUCCUGAAGUUUUCUGGUUCAGUAAAGUACAGGAAGGAGAAAAGCCUUUUGUGGCCAGGCUGACACUGUUGCUUUAGUCACAGUGUGGACACUGUCAGACUCACCGCAGCUCCAGUGGUCUGGACUGGGGUGUCACUGGCUGAGGUUCUAAAGAGAGCAGAGUUCCAGGAGUCCCAACACAGUGGAAAUAGCAAAGUCACUUAAAGGUUGCACUACAGGAUUUCUGGUUCUGAGCAUCAACUCUCACGCCGAGCUGGGGAAACUACUGCUUGUUGCCUUCCGUUGUCUUGCUCGCUGUGGGAAAAACACAAACAAAAGGGCUUCAGUCUUACGGAUGUCAUUUGGUGUUUGUAAGCAUAUGUUUUCUGUUAAAUGUUUUUCAAAGUGUGUCUGAAUUUUUGUGUCCUAAAAACAGUUGUAUACUGCAUAAGGCUUUGUCACCAAAAAAGAAAAAGAAACCUUUUUUUUCCUUUUUUUAGGUGAAACACUACAUGUCCUACUUGAACUCCGUUGGGGAUGCUGGUUUGGGAAUUUACUGAACCACCGAGCACAUAGGAUCUUUUAGGAUCCUCUCCCUUGGAAGGGCAAUGUGUGAGCUAAGGACUGUUUUCUUCUUACUCUCCAAUGUAAAUAUAUUAAUAUUUGAGUUUUUAAAUCACUUCAACAUUUUUGGAGCAUUCACUUUGUAUUUUUAAAAACACAUAUACACACAGCCGUAGCACUUAGAAGAAAAGAGACUUUCUGAACAUUCCCUCAUAUAUGAAGGAUGUUUGGAGCAUCUUUUCUGUGUAUGUAUAUAUAUAUAUGAAACUAUAAAUCAUUCACACUCCAAAACUAUGCAGGGCUAGAGAGCCUUUACAAGCUACCAUAUAAAUGAAUUACAUGCACUUUUAAAUACGUAGGUUUCUAUUGGGUGUCAACAACUCUGAUUUCUCCCAAAAUUAUAGUUUCUCUUACAGUCUUUUCCUACCUUACCCUGUGGAUAUACACUCAGGAAUAAUCUGAAAUUUCAGAAACUCCUAACAGUAGGUGGUCUCAAAGGUGGGGAUCCCGCGGUGUGCCCGGCCCACCCUGCCGCGCGCUCUGCUGCCUGACCAGUUCACUGCUGCUAGUGCAUCCGCCGGUGUCGGCGACGCUGCAUGCUGAGCACUCGCUGACCUCCCAGAGCUGACACUAAUCUACUGUAAGGUCGGCUGCGCGUCGCCUUUGAGGCUCCUUUUUGUAAAGAUAGAAAAACAGGACUCUUCUCAUUUCUAGGAGGUUCAGCUCUUUAUAACAGAUGAUGGUGUCUUUUGAAGCCAAUCUCAGUCUGUCUCUUCAGAAACAAAAAUUGUUAAUUCCAUCAUAUUCCUUAAUGUGUAUUUAUAUAGAUGUGUUGACAUGAAUUCUUUUGAUACAGUUUUAAAUUUCUGUUCUGAAUUCAGACUGUACUGUGCUGGUUCUGCAAAUAAGAGUUGUGUAGAGCUAAUUUGGGUGGGAAGAAAACUCUUAGCUCUGACCUGUUUGCUUCUCCUUUUUUCAAAAAGGAAACAUGAGCUAUUGAUAUCAAUCAUUCAUCUUUCUGAAAAUUUAUUAAAUAUUCCUUCACAUCCCCAAAAUAUAAUUAUAAAAACAAGUGGCCACUGUUCAUAGUUUAAUUUAUGAAGUUUGAUUUUAAUAAUUUAGUGGCUUAUCUGGCUAAACCAUGUGUAUAGAGAGAAACUUGCUUUAAUCUCUGUGGGAUUGUGGACUGAUGUGACUUGCAGAAGGUAAACACGUGGUUUUGUGUGUGUUAGGGUAGGUGUUAGUGGACUUUUAAUGGGUAUUGUGAAGUAUGGUUAAUAGGGUAAGUUGAAUAGCUAUGUGCCUCUAGCUUUUGAACCCAUCUAUUCAAUCUUUUUUAAUGCCUAUUAAGCAUGAAAAUCUUUUAAUGCUGUACUAAGGUAAAUGUGAAGUCUGAGUAACAUUGCUCUCAGAAAAAAAGAAAAAAACAUAUCUAAUAUAAAAUUUAGGCCACAGGGCCUGGCAUUUACUUGGUGUAGAAAUUUCAUGAAAACCAAAUCUAAAAAUACCAAAUCUCCUCUUGAGGCCACAGACAAUCAGGCCGUCAGACAAUCGCCACCUUGGGUGCCCGCUGUGUUGAGGUUUAGGGAAUUACCAUUUAGAUCCUGAAGCUGAAAGAGAAGAUCCACAUUUCUUCAAGAUGAUGGUGGUGUGUUCUUACUAGAUUUUUGUUUUAGUUUUGUGAUUUUGAUGAAUAAGUUUAAAGUCACCUGUGACUACUAAGGGGAAAAAAAUAGCAUGAAAGGCAAAAAUUAUUCCUGAAAAAUCAUUUGAAUUUUUCUUGAACCCUGCCCUUUCUAACAGGCCCCUUUAGCUUUUUCUAUGCAUAUGCCCCUAGACUAAGCUCUUCUGACAUUUCACUAACCAGUUAGAUUUUAAGGAUUUUUUAAUGAGGUUUUUAUAUCUGAGUCCUUCAGUAAAACUCUUCAUGAAACUUCACCUAAUUCUUAUUUUUGCUUCCUCAAAACCUCUUCUUUUUAUUACAAUUGCUGUCCUUUACUGGGUUUUCUUUUGAUUUGUUGUCCAAGUUCACAUGGCGGGCAGUCCUCGUCCCUGCGUGGCGGGGAGGGAGCACAUGCAGGGGCCACAGCGGGUGCUCAGCCAGCCUCUGGGGGCAAAGGGUUCAUGUCUCAGUAACCACACAGCAAAAUACAUACUUUCUUAAUGGUUAAUCUGCUUUUUAGGGGAAAAUGUGUCCAGGAAACCCUUGUAAGAUACUUGUUUGCCAUUCUGAGGCAUUCAUGAUUUUAUCUUAGGACAGAACUCAAAGAAAAAUGUUUAUUUCACUUUUUUUUUAUUAUUUGGUUGUUUCAGCUUUUGCUUUUUGCUGAAAGUUACUGUUAAAGCAGCAGCAAUGGGUGCUAUUCCCAGUUCUGCCAUGGUUUACUUUGUCUACUGAGUAAUUUACUUUCAAACCUCAUUGCAGAUAACCUUACUAAGAGAGUCACCAUCACACACUACAAGGUAUUUCACUACUUGCCGUGGGCCCUGUUGUGCAGUGUGUUCCAGAUGUCUCUUUGUCGUGUAGAUUACAAUAGCUCUUCCAUAAUUGUUGCAUUGGCAAGUGUCUUGAUUUUUUCUCUUCUUCUAGAAAACCCUCAGAAGGGGUGUCAGUCUCCGAAUUUCUGAAUAUUAUAAUACUGUGGCCAUUUCUAUAGAAAGAUUACUUACAAGUGUGUGUCUUGCAAGUAACCUUGUGUUUGUGUGUUUACAUGGGUUCUGUCUAAGAGAAAAGCUCUUUCAGCUAAGUCACAUACCUGCAUGUGACUGUGCAUCUGGGUUCCGUGGGCAGGUGGCAUGGAAUCCUGCUCUGAGAUGGGGUGGCUGAAAGGUAGAUUCCUGAACUCCACUUGCUAUUUAUGUGCCACAUCUAUACUUCAGAGAGGUGGUACCUUCUAUACAACACUGCAUUUUUUGUGGUUGUGCUGUUACUGGUAUAAAGUCAAGUGCCUUCAAUGCUAAAGGCUCAGAAAUUUUUCUUAAACUGAUUUCAUGUCCUAUGCAAGUGUUUUCUACAACCUGCAUAACCAGUACUUUGUAAAACUUGUUUACGCUUCAAUUGUACAUAGUGUUUUUUAAAGAAAUAUAUAGUAUUUUUAUUUAGGUACCUCCAAACUUGAAUUCGUCUGUGUGAAGCAUUGUAAAACGAUACAUUUCUCUUUUGAGUAUCAUUACAGUUGUACAAAGGUUUUCACUGGUUCUAUUUUUCUACUGUUACUGAUAAGCAUGUAACACUGACUUUAUCCUACAUAUAGUUGGCAUUUCAAAUAAAUGGCUUGUAUAGAA